AAAGAAAAUCUUUAAAACUAAACACUAUUUAGAAAAAUUAUUUUAAAAAUAUUAUAUACACGUUCCAGACUUUUAACAAGGCAAAAAACCAAACCUAGCCAACGGAAUCCCCUUUGCCAAGUACCCCGAUCGAGCGUUAAUGGAAAUAUAUGCGGAAUUAAUGAGCUAAGAGACGGGACAAGAGCGAAAAAAUUCGGUAAACAAGUUCGCUGCAGGUCAGAGUCGCCGUUGAACGAUGAUGAUGUGUUGUAAUCUUAAAACUACCAGCGCUGUGCAGCCGAGAAAUCAGUCUCAACUUGGACUACACAAUGACAAGUGUUGGACGCGCAACGUGGCUCUGUUUCAGCCUCUGCCUGGUGGUGGUGCUGCUACCCUGCGAGGGUCGCAACUCGCAGAGCCUGCACGUGCGCCUCCCGCACGGAGGCUGGCUGAUCGGACGGCAUCUCACCACCCACAACGGGCAGCCCAUGCGGGCCUUUAUGGGCGUGCCCUAUGCGGAGCCACCGCUGGGCGAGCUUCGCUUCCGUCCCCCGGUGGCGGCCUCCGCCUGGCAGGGCGAGCGUCUGGCCGUAAAGGAUGCCCCAAUCUGUCUGCAGCGCGAUCCCUUCCGUCGCGACACCCUCAUCGAGGGCAGCGAGGACUGUCUGUAUCUGAAUGUCUAUACGCCGGGCUCGAGGUCGCGCAUCAAUGCCUCGCUGCCGGUAAUGGUUUGGUUCCAUGGCGGCGGCUGGCAAUGUGGCUCCGGGAUCAGUAGCUUCUACGGACCGGACUUUCUGCUGGACCACGACAUUGUCCUCGUGUCGGCCAACUUUCGCCUGGGACCGCUGGGCUUCCUCAGCACCGAGACUUUGGACUGUCCCGGCAACAAUGGACUCAAGGAUCAGGUGGAGGUGCUCCGCUGGGUGCGUUCCAAUAUCGAAGCCUUUGGCGGCGAUCCCGGCAGUGUCACCGUCUUUGGGGAGAGUGCCGGCGGUGCGAGUGUCACCUAUCACAUGCUCUCGCCCAAGUCACGCGGCCUCCUGCAUCGCGGCAUCGCCCAGUCGGGCACCUACUUCAAUCCGUGGGCCCAGCCCGCCCACAAAGGUGUGGCAGCGGGACGGGCCGAGAAGCUGGCCAAGCUGGUGGGCUGCGGUGGUGGUGACUCCUCGUGGGAGGAGAAGUUGAAGUGCCUGCGGCAAAGGCCAGCCGAUGACAUUGUGGCGUCCUUGUACGACAUGUUUGUCUGGGACUUUGAUCCGAUGAUACCCUUCCCGCCGGUCAUUGAGCCUGACCACGAGGGCGCCUUCUUGACGGUGCCACCGCGUCAAGCCCUGCAGCCGCAUGGCCUGGAGCUGCCUCUCAUGAUAGGCGCCACCGCCGAGGAGGGGCUCCUCAAGACGGCCGCCUUGCUCAAUCUUCCCCAGCUGAUGGCCGAGUUUAAGUCGCAGUUUGGACAGGUUUUGCCAGUGGUUCUCAAUUACGAUCAUCAUGACGAAGGAGUGCAGAGGAGGAUAACCCAACGCAUCGAGAGCUUCUACUUCAAGCAGGGUCACGACUACAGCAAGGCAAAUCACCAGAAUCUGACCGAUCUCAUAUCGGAUGGCUGGUUUGUGGCUGGAAUCGACGAGUACAUGAGGCUUCGCCUGAACCAGCCGCAGGACGCCGUUGUGGCUCCCACAUAUGUGUACCUGUUCGAUCACAAGGGCGCCGCCAGCUUCUCGGAGAUCUUCAAGGGCGAGCGCAACGAAUUCUAUGGCGCCUGUCAUGCCGAGGAGCUGCAAUAUCUGUUCCCCAUUGGCCGGGAGCUGUUCGUCAGUGCAGUGCCCACGCCUCAGGAUCUGCAGCUGCGCCAACUGAUGCUGCAACUUUGGGUUAGCUUUGCACGCACCGGCAAUCCAAAUCCCACAAAUGCCAGCUUCAGUCUGCCCACCUGGCGUCCGGCGUACAGUUAUCCGGUGGAGUAUGCUCGCCUUGGCACCAAAAUGGACGCCGAGGACGCCGAGGAGGCGGCGUCUCUUUUGCGCCUGGAAAGCUCCUUAAUGCAGCAGCGCGUUGACUUUUGGAGCGAACUGCAGGCGCAUCUGCCUGCCACCAGUCGUGCACACAACGAGCUGUAGCCCAAUAAGUCUAUUUUAAUGUGUUUUUUUGUGUAAUUUUCGUUUAAUACAUCGCUGUACGCGUUAGCGUCCUUUUC